AUGUCCAUGUCGUGCCCCGACGUGGUCACCAUAUGCGGCCUCUUCGCCGUGCAGUGCAUCUACGGCCUCUACAUGAUGUUCCUCAGCGCCCUGCUCGCCGCCGGCGUCCCUUCCCUCUUCAUCAUCGUCGUCGCAUGCGCCGCUUCCUCCAUCGUGGUCCUCCCCUUCGCCCUCGCCCUCGAGAGGGUGUCAAUAUACCAAGUCAUCAUGAUGCUCGGUGUUGCACGCACCUCGCCAGCGAUCGCCUCCGCCAUGCCUAAUCUUUGCCCUGGCUUCAUCUUCAUCAUCGCAGCCUACCUAGGGUUUGAGAGGUUCGACUGGAAGUGCAAGUACACCAGAGCGAAGAUCUUGGGCACUCUGGUGUGCCUCAGUGGGGCAAUGUGCGUUAGCUUCCUGAAGAACCCUACUCCCAGCGUAUUCGUUCCCGGCGAUGAUGAAGAGCUCUCAGAUGGCAAAGGAAGGCACGAUUGGAUACUUGGAUGUUUCUGUCUUCUGACUGGGGUCAUAAUCUUCGCCUGCAACACUGUUCUGCAGGCUGCAGCUCUGAAGAGAUUCCCUGCACCGUUGUCUAUCUGUUCCAUCACCGCCAUGAUGGGGUCGAUCUUCAGUGCUAUCGUCCAGGUCUUGAUGGAGGGGAAGCUCACUGCAGGGACUGCUGACAACCUCAGCAGGAUCAUUGGCGAAAUUGUGCUUGUGGGAGGCGUGGUGAUCGGCCUGUGCACGGCAUUCCAGGUAUCAAGCAUUGGGCGCAAGGGGCCUGUACUGGUGUCCAUGUUCAACCCAUUUCAGACGGUCUUCUCGGCGUUCAUCUCCUUCAUUUUCUUCGGACAAUGGAUCGGCUUGGGAUGCUUUGUGGGGAUUGUGCUCAUGUUUGUUGGACUGUACGUGGUGCUGUGGGCGAAGAAUAGGGAGGACAACAUGUUUGCCGAUCUGACAGCACCGUCUGAAACUGGAUGUGAUAUAGAGAGUUCACUGCUGCAAUGA